AUGAUGGCGGCAAGAUCUGUUCAACUUGUUUGCUUGCUUAUUUGUUCCCUGGCCAUCAUCAAAACUGCAUCUGCAAAAGUAAAUGAAUCACCGAAACAACAGAAAGGCAAAGAUCAUGCAUAUUUUGUCGAUAAAACAAUUGUUCAGAAUGCUGUGUCAAAAGGAGCAGUGUGCUUGGACGGAUCACCUCCAGCAUACCAUCUUGAUCGAGGAUUUGGUCAUGGAGUCAGAAAUUGGAUUAUUCUACUCUCAGGAGGAGCAUGGUGCAGAAACAUCACAGACUGCCUGAACCGUUCCAAGACUGACUUGGGUUCUUCAAAACUUAUGAUGCCAUUCGUAUUUUUAGGCAUUUUCAGCAAGAGCAAAACUGAAAAUCGAGAUUUUUACAACUGGAACAAAGUCUUUGUUAGGUAUUGUGAUGGUGGAGCUUUCACUGGAGACAUCGAAAGUGUUGAUCCUACUACCAAUCUUCAUUUCAGAGGUGCAAGAAUAUUUGAUGCAGUAAUUGAGGAUCUAUUAGCAAAGGGAUUAAAGGAUGCAAAGAACGUCAUUCUUUCUGGCGGUUCUGCUAAUGGAUAUCCAGCAAUGCUAUACUGUGAUCACUUCAAAACUUUAUUGCCUAAAGCUCAUAGAGUGAAAUGCUUGGUUGAUGCUGGUUAUUUUAUCCGUGUGAAAAAUCCACUGCUAGCAAAUGUGUUCGAGUCACUCUUUAGAGAUGUUGUUAAUUUACAUGGAUCUACCAAAGUGUUACCAAAAUCGUGCACUUCAAGAAUGAAACCAGAAUUGUGUUUCUUCCCAGAAAACAUACAAGAAGAUAUCAAGACGCCAUUUUUUACUGUGAUGUCAGCAUUUGAUAGUUAUCAGGUGGACAAUAUAAUAGGCUCUAAUGUCGGUGAAUUCAUUCGAGCAAGAAAUUGCACUGAAAGUCUGAACAAUGCCUUCAAAGAAUUGAGGUCGGAAUUCUUAAUUGCUUUGCCCAAAGCAAAUAAUCCAAAACAAAGAGGAGCUUUCAUUGACUCUUUUAAUCGUCACACCCCGCUUGAACUAUGGUGGAAUAAAGUCAAUGCCACUCCAAUAAAUAAUCUGACUACAAUGAAGGUAUUUGGUGAUUGGUACUUUGACCGAAAAUACUCCUAUGUGAUCGAUGAGAUUGACUUGCCACUCCCCGUUUAUUUAUACAUCAAUGGUACUCUCAAGUCCCGAGGAUAA